AUGAGCGUUGAAGAUUUCCUCCAGAGUACGCUUUGGAAAAUUGGACCAGAUUGGCUGUCCCGUUCCGAAGAAGAUUGGCCGAUUCCUAAGCAGUUCGAUUCAUCCGAGACCGACAGUGAACGCCGACCAAUGAUUUCCGCUGUAGCUCGAUCCGAACGAAAGUACAACCUGCUGUUCUCCCGGUACUCGCAGUUCUCUCGCUUGACCCGUAUAGUAGCCUACUGCAUGAGAUUUGCUGAGAACGCCCGCUCGCAAUCCAGAACACGUCCUGUCGCUUUUGUCGGUCCUCUGCCUAGCCUGUCGCUCACCGUUGAUCAACUAUCGCAGGCCAGAACCAAGCUGAUUCUCCUCGCUCAGGCAGACUGCUUCCAAGAUGAGAUGAAAGACCUUCAGCAAAACCGCCCACUAAAAAGGCAAUCUUCCGUUCGACUUCUGAAUCCUUUCCUAGACCAAAAAGGUGUGUUGAGGGUAGGGGGGCGGCUUAGAUUGGCAGAACGGUCAUAUGAAUCCAAACACCCAGCUUUGAUUCCCAGUUUCCAUCCCCUUGCUAAGCUCAUAGCAACUUCCUUCCAUACAAAAUUAAUCCACGGUGGCGGCCGACUCACUUUGGCCGCAAUGCGCGAAGAAUAUUGGCCAGUCCAUGGAAGGCGACUGGUACGCAGCGUCAUUCGCAACUGUGUUCAGUGUACCCGAGCGAAUCCCGUCCCGGUCCGUCAGCAGAUUGGCCAACUUCCGGCUGCCCGAGUCACCCCGAGCAGACCCUUCGCCGUGACAGGGGUGGACUACGCUGGACCCGUCUAUUUGAAAGCCAUUCAUAAACGAGCGUCACCCACGAAGGCAUAUAUCUGUGUCUUCAUCUGCUUCACCACGAAGGCAGUUCAUUUAGAGCUGGUGAGUGAUCUGUCGACACCCGCCUUCCUCACCGCUCUUCGCCGUUUUGUUGCACGCCGAGGCCGUCCAGCCCACAUACACUCGGAUAACGGCAAAAACUUUAUCGGAGCGAAGAAUGAACUGCACCUGCUGUAUCGCAUGCUGGCUGACGAAAAGGAAGUCGAGAAGAUACAGAGAUUCUGCGCCGAAGACCAAAUCACCUGGCAUCUGAACCCGCCCAAAGUACCACACUUCGGCGGGCUCUGGGAGGCUGCAGUGAAGGUAGCCAAGUCGCAACUGCAUCGGCAACUGAGGAACUCGCACCUCUCAUUUGAAGAUAUGUCGACGAUUCUGGCGGAAAUAGAGGCGGCCAUGAACUCCCGCCCGCUCGUACCGAUGACGGAGGACCCAGAGGAUAGUACUGCCAUCACUCCGGCGCAUUUCCUUAUCGGAACGAGUAUGCAUGCUGUGCCCGAUCCGGACGUUAGCGGAACCAACAUAACACGUCUGGCCCACCAUCAACGAUUGCAGCACUUGUUCCAGCAGUUUUGGCACCAUUGGAGAACGGAGUACCUCCAAGAACUCCAACGCGACACCACCAGAUGCGACCCCACCAAUGAAGUAAAACCUGGUAGACUAGUUGUGGUCGUAGACGAAUUCCAGCAUCCAACUCGUUGGCCCCUUGCCCGUAUCGAAGCUGUUUUCCCAGGGGCUGAUGGAUUGGUACGAGUAGUGAAGCUACGGACGUCGAAGGGCAUCUUUACACGUCCAACAACGAGAAUUUGUCUGCUGCCUAUUGAACCAGCGAGCUCAGAAGGAGCUCAACGUAACAGCGAGCGAGAUGAGGGUCAACCGACCGACAGCAACCAAGAUUUGUGA